AUGACAACAAUCACAAACCCAGCCACCACCAUAUACAUCACAAAUGCAGACCCUACACAAACCAUCAACGCCACAUCAUUAGAUAGUGCUUCUACAAACAUAGACAAAAUGAUCAACGAUAUCUCAUAUACAACUGCUACAACUGCAGAUACCAUAGGCGCCACAAUCAUAACUACUACAUUUGAAGACACUAUACCCAAAGUUGCCUCAACAAUAUCCACAAAACUUUCAAGUGAUACAACAACAGAUUUUACAGCUACAGCUCUUCAACCUACAACCAAAACAUCCCCAGUUACCACACAUACUGCACCUAGAGACACAACACAAAUGAUCACUGCUACAUUUAUAGAGACCACUACUGCAUCUAUAACUGAAGCCAACAAAGUCACCACAAUUAUGAUGACUACUAGCAGAGAUGCAACAACCACAGAUGACAGAAUCAUAACUGAUAUAACCACAGACACUAUAUCCAUAGAUACCCCAAUUCUGGCUACAAAAAGCACAGAUUUUCUAGCCACAACCAUCACAAUUCCUGUCACCAAUAUCACAGAAAUCAUGGCUACAAACACCACACCAACCAUCACCCCUGCAACUAUAGAUACCAUUACUGAAACUGUGGCCAAAAUAAACAAAGCCACCACAAACCCUACAAUGACAGCUACCACUAGCACAACUGCUACAACCACAGAAACUAUAUUGACGGCUACCCCUACUCCAGCCACAACUGCAGACACCACAAGCAAAAUUACUGCUUCUGUAACUUCUGACAUACCAUAUACAAACGCUCCAUAUAAAACCAAAUACCCCAUAGCGGACCACACCACAACAAUUGCCACCAUAGCAGCCACAAACACAGCCUCUACAACCAGAACAGCUGCUGACACUUCUACCCAAAGUACAGCCACAAAGAGUAUAACUCGUCCAGUGUCUACAACCAUUAAAAACCCAGCCACCAACACCUCACACAUUGCAAAUACAGACACCACACAAACCAUCACCACCACAUCUACAGAUAUUGCUAUAACACCCAUAGACACAACAAGGAAAGAUACCUCAUACACAACUGCUACAAACUCAGUUUCCACAGAUACCACAAUCAUAACUACUAAAACAGGCAUUAUACCCACAGAUACCCCAAUCCAGGCCACAACAAUCACAACUGAUAAAAUUACAGAUGUCACAAGCUCAUUUUUCCAAACCAUAACCAUCACAAUCCCAGUCACCAAUACCACAGAGAUCCCAACGACAUUCAAUACAACAACCACAGAUACCAUUACCGCAACAAUGGCCAAAACAAACAAAGCCACUACAAUCAUAACAACUGAGACAAUGGCAGAUACUCCUAGCACAAAUGCUACAACCACAGAAACUAUACCCAUAGCCACCCCUACUCCAGCCAAAGGAAUCACAACUGAUAUAACCACAGACACCAAAAAAGCAAAUACUGCUUCUGUAACUUCAGACAUAACAUAUACAAACACUGCAGAUAGAACAACAUACACUACAACUACGGCCACAAUAGCAGCCACAAACACCUCUACAAUCAGAACAGCUGCUGACACUUUACUCACAAACAGUAUAACUCAUCCAGUGUCCACAACCAUCAAAAACCCAGCCACCAACACUCCAUACAUUGCAACUACAGGCACCACACAAACCAUCACCACCACAUCUACAGAUAUUGCUACAACAAAGAGAAAUACCUCAUACAUAACUGCUACAAACCCAGUUUCCAUAGAAACCACAAUCAUAAGUGCUAGAACAACAAGAAUUAUAUCCAAAAAUACCCCAACUGCUGACACUUUACACACUGCUACCCCAACUACAGCAACAACCCGUAAAACUCAUACAGAGAUCACACCCAUCACAAUCCCAGCUACAGACAUACCCCACACUGAACCUACUGACAUCACAAAAAACAUCACCAUGUCUAAAGAUAGUGCUAUCACAACCCUAAACAAAACAAAGAGAGAUACCUCAUAUACAACUGCUACAACCACAGAUGCCACAGACACCCCAAUUAUAACUGCUAUAUCAACAAAGACUAUACCUUUUGCUGUCUCAAAAACAUUCACAGAACUUGCAACUGAUACAACCACAGAUUUUGCUACUACAGCCCUUCAAACCACAACCAUCAAAUUACCAGUUAGCAACAACACACACACAGGAACUGGAGACACCACACAAACUAUCACUACUACAACUGUAGAGACCACCACUGCAACCAUGGCUGAAACAAACAAGUUCACAACAAUUGUGAUGGCUAGAAGUAGAGCUGCAACAACCACAGAUAGCCCAAUUAUAACUUCUAUAAUCACUGACAUUAAACCCACAGAAACCACAAUUCCAGUUACAACAAUCAAAACUGAUGAAUCCACAGAUGUCACAAGCACAGACUCUACAAAUGCAACUAAAUUUACAUCUUCUGUAGCUACACACCACAUAGCUACAACUAUUGCAGAUAUAACUUCAGACAUCACAGGUGUCCACACCACAACCAUUGCUACCAUAGAAGCCACAACUACAAAUAAUACACUCAUAAAGGGUACAACUGCAGACACUGCUACCCCAACUAUCGCAACAACAAACACAACUCAAACAACCAUCACAAAUCAAGCCACCAACACCACAGACAGUACAACUUCAAACACUACACAGACCAACAUGGCCAGAAUUUUAGAUACCACUAUUAUAACCAUUGACAAAAUAAUUAACACGACACCCACUGCUGCCUUAACUAUAGCUCCAACAUUUACAAAUAAUGCCGCCCCAAUUGACACAACUACAGCUCUUCCAACCACAACUAUCACUUUAUCGCCUAAUAACGCCACAGACACUGUAAUUACAGACACCACACCAACUAUUACUGGUAUACAGAUAGAGACAAUUACUCCAACUAUGGCGAAAACAAACAAGUUUACCACAAUUAUGAUGGCUAACAGCAGAGAUGCAACAACCACAAAUACCACGAUCGUUACUGCUAUGACCAAAGACGAUAAACCUAUGGCUACCUUUAUUCCAGCUGCAACAAUCACAGCUUAUAAAAACACAGAUAUUACAAGCAAGGAUCUCCAAAACACUUUAAGAACUGUUAAAACUACAGACACCAAAAACACAAUUAUUUCUUUUGUUACUAUGAACACUGCAGCUAAAAACACUGCAGGUAUAGCCACAGGCACUGGAGACACCACAGUUGACCACACCCCAACCACUGUUAACAUAACAGCUACAACUGCUGACACUUUUCAAGCUGCUACUACAACAACAGGCACCAACACAGACACUACAGUAGCAUCAGCCACAACUGCUGACACUUCCACUACAAUCAUAACAGCUGACACUGCUACCCCAACUACAGCCACAACUCAUACAGAGAUCACAACCAUCACAAACCAUACAGACAUCACACAAACCAUCUUCACAACACCUAUAGAGAGUGUUGCUACAACCAUAGACACAACAAAGAAAGACACCUCAUACACCACGUCAACAAAUACAGAUUCCACAAACACCAUAAUCAUACCUGCUAUAUCCAGAGAGACUAUACCUACUGAUGCCACAAAAAUUGCCACAAACUUCACAACUAAUACAACCACAGAUUUCACAACAACGGUUUUACAAACCACAUCCAUUACAUUGCCAGUUACCGACAACACACACACUACAACUAGAGAUACCAAACCAACUAUCAGUGCUACAACUAUAGAGACCACCACUGCAGCCACAGCUGACACAAACAAGGUCACCACAAUUAGGAUAGCUACUAAUACCUCAGUUUCACCUACAACAUUCACUACUGAUAAAACCUCAGAUGUCACAAGCAAAAGUAUCCAAAACACAAUCACCUUGAGAACUACAACUGCAGACACCAAAAACACAAUUGCUUCUUUAGGUACUAUGGACACCAGAGCUACAAACACUGCAGAUAUAACUACAGACCCCAUAAACCACCACACCACAACCACUGCUAACGCAACAGCCACAACUGCUGACACUUUACCUACUGCUACCACAAACACAGCCAAAUCAAAUACAACUUAUACAGAGAUGACAAUCAUUACAGUCCCAAUCACCAACAGCACACACACUGCAACUACAGACACCAAAAAUAUUAUUACUGUCACAUCUGCCCCUGCAAUCAUCACCAAAAGCAAAUAUACCAAAAACACUGCUACAACCACAGAUAUCACAAUCAUAACUGGUACAUCCACAGACACUUUAUCCACUGCUGCCCCAACAUCAGCCACAACAUCCACAACUGAUAAAGCCACAGAUUUUACAACCACAACUUUUCAAAACACAAUCUUCACAAUCCCAGUUAUCAACACCAAAUACAUCACAACUAGAGACACCACACCACCCAUCACUGCUACAACUAUGGAAACCAGUACUGCAACCAUAGCAAAAACAAAAACAAUCACCACAAUCGUGAUGAACACAAGAGGAGAUGCAACUACCACAGAUAACAGACUCAUGACUGCUACAAUGACUGACACAAUACCCUCAGAAACCCCAAUUCUAGCUACAACACUUUCAAAUGAUAGAACCACAAAUAACCCAACUCUCCAAACCCUCUUUAUGACUGCUACAACCACAGGCAUUACAAAUGUGUUUGCAUCCACAGCUUCUGAAACCACAGACAACAAAGCUACACGCAUUGCAGAUAUAACCACAGAUAACGAAGCUAACCACACCACAACCAUUGCUAACAUAGCAGCCUCAAACACAGACACCACAAUCAUAAAAGCUACAACUGCAGACACUAAAACCCAGACAACAACCAUAAAAAAUAUGCCACAAACUCAGAUACUAGAGGCACAACUUUUUCAACCACAGUUCCGACAAUCACAGCGGCUAAAAUCAGAGAUCCUACAACUCCAACCAUUAGAAGCACACCAUUUAUAA